AUCGCACACACACAAAGGAACAACCAACACACCGUGCUGAAGCAUAGCGCAAAUUUCCUUCCGGCGCCGGAUUCAUACCACUUCUGGUCACAUAUAAGAUUCUCAUUCCCCCUAGCUGCGAUGUCGCAGGAUCCAAACCUUUUCAGUGCUUUCAAGCGCCCUAGAGAAGUAUUUCCCUCUCCCCCGCCAAAAUUAACCGGGGAUCCUCUAACAAUCUAUCAUUCAGACCGUCAGCGGAAUACCAAGCUCAAGCAUGUAUAGUUCUGGCAUCCCUCAACCUUCUUCGGCGUUGAAGCGAUCAAACUCCAACUCCAGGCCAUCAAACUCUCGCAUGUCACUGGCUGCUCGCCCAGCGUACAACCAACCAGACGUUUUGUCAACUGCAAAGAGAGACCCUUCAAGAUAUUCUGCGCGAAAGUCCUAUGCUCCCUCUAGCCAACCUCCCCCGUCCCAGCGCCGCAGUAGCGUUAUGCGCCGCUCUUCUAUGGGUGCGGCAGCCUUCAGUCAGAUGAACAGCUUCUUCAGUAGUGCUGCAUCUACGGCUGUUCAGAGAGAUCCAAGACCACUCAAAGACUCUGCAUAUCGACACGAAAUUGCUGGUAAAGUUUUUGAGUACGUCGUCAACAAUGGGUUCGAGUUGGAGAUGAAGCAUACGCUCGGUCCCAAUUCCCUUAAGAGUCCUACCCAGAAGGAUUUCUCGAUGGUGUUCCAGUGGCUGUACAAGAGAUUUGACCCAAACUACAAUUUUCAGAAAGCAAUUGAAAAUGAGGUCUUACCCAUCUUAAAAACCCUCCGAUACCCCUACGCUAGCACAAUCACCAAAUCGCAACUAGCGGCAGUUGGGUCUAUGAAUUCGUGGCCGCAGUUCCUUGGAAUCCUACACUGGAUGAUGGAGUUGGCAGUCACUAUGGAACGCUUUCAAUCCGGAGAAUUCGAUGAUGCAGCCGCGGCGGAGGGCGUGGACAUUGCAGCGGAAAAGAUCAUUUUUAGAUACCUUACCCGCUGCUACUCGGCAUGGCUUGUGGAGAAUGAUGACCACGAUGAAUUCCUGGAGGAGAUGGCUGCCUCUUUUGAAGAUCGACAAUCGGGAUACAAGGAGGAGUUGGAAAUGCUUGAAUCAGAGAACGAGCAGCUCAAAAAACAACUUGAGGAAAUGGACGAAUCUGCCGAUCCCCUCAAGAAGUUGGAGGAAACCCGAAUUCUUCUUGAAGGCGAUAAACAAAAAUUCGUCACCUACGUUGAGCGUCUAGAACUCCGCAUACCGAAGGUUACCGCAUCCAAUCAGAAGCUCAAGGAAGAGAUUGAGGCCGUAGAGCGAGAACUUGCAGAGUUGACAGCCGAAAAGCAAAGUCUCCAAGAAGCUGUUGACAGACAAGGCCUAACACCAGCGGAUAUAGACCGCAUGAACAACGACCGUGAAAAGCUUUCCAAAUCCCUUUCGCUCAUCUCCUCCAAAAUCACCGAAGCCAAGAUCCAACUGUCGGAGCGCGAAUCCGAGGCUUCAUCAAAACUCGAGGCUCUCGAACGCUCGGUCUCGAGAUACAAUUCACUGGCGUAUCAAAUCGGCAUCGUACCCUCGUUAUCUCGAAAUGCAGAGGGAAAGGACUUUGAACUCCUCAUUCUCCCAACCCAGACCCCCGAAAACAAGCUGCUCGCGGACGAGGUUGGAUACCAGCCAGCUCAGCUGCUUAAUCGCGAUCUCCGACAUGAUAUUAAGCCGGCUCUUAAUAGGCUCCGACAAGAAAUUGGAGCACGAAUUCACGAGGCUCAGGACGAAGCUAUCAAGACUCAAGAGUUGAUAGACCGCAUAGUCGAGACACUGGCAGACAAACGGGAUGAGGUUGACACCCUGCACGCAAAAGUCCGCACCGCAGUUGAUGAGUACCAGGAGCUCAAGGAGACCAUGGCGGCGGAGGGGAAUGCGUCAAAUGCUGAAAUUGAGAAGCUCGAGAAAGAGCUUGCAAGCAUGAGAUUAAACAUGUCUAAUGGCGUCUUGGCUCUGGAACAACGCAUGCAAAGCGUUACCAUUGAGUAAGUUUUCUAACUCUAGCGAUCCAAGUAAAAGCUGGUCUAAUAAGUUAUAGGCGCGAUCAAUUGGAACAUGCUUGCCAUGCUCUCCGGGAAAAGUUCCACGGAGAGGUUGACAAGAUGCUUCAUGAGGUCAUCAAGUUUAAAGUACACAUUCAAGAAAGCCUAGAGAACUACGAAAAUCUUGCAGAGGAAGAGUUGGCGGGUAACGACAAACUUCUGGAUAGUUAGACUGUAGUUUUCUCUGCUGCCGUGUUUCCUUUAAUAGUUGCUAUGAUGGUAUGGGGCGUGAGGGAGUAAUGUUGGUUUUGUCCAAUUGAUGCUUGUAUGGGUGGAGUUCAUGUUAUCUUCCUUGUGUUAUAUCUAGGGUUACACUGCUAGAUGGUUGGUGGUUAAUUGGUGGCUUUUUUAGUCUAAGAUUUUCGAUGUAACGUGAUACCCGAAGGACUGGUAUCAUAACAGCUUACAGCUGAUUAGCACAGGGUGUCAUGCCUUGUCGAUAAGAGAUGGGCUACAUGAGGAUGUGGUUCCCGAAGAUACGAUUGCUACAAGUGGAAUAAUGCGAUCCCAGUGCUCUACAGUACUCGUAACUGCACGAAUAUGAUGCUAAGGCUGCCGUAAAGCAACU